AUGGUCCACCAAGGGCAUCUGAAGACAAGAUUCCCAACUCCAAGAGGUGCUGGAGAUGUGGCGGUAGCCAUGAGCCGGCAAUGUGGAGGUUCCGGGUUCCGAGAUAGUAGGUGCUUCAGGUGCUCGGGAAUGGGUCACAUCAAAAGGCAGUGUGAUGCUGUUAGAGCCUACCAGCAGGGGAGAAGACGGUUAUGGAAAAAGGCAAACCGCUUGGAGGAGACUGAGUCGGAUUCAUCAGAGUAUGAUAUAGGCCACUUGUACGAUGAAUCAAUUAACAAAUUGUCGAACGCUGAACCGUAUACGACCACGGUGAUAAUAAAUGGCAAGGAUGUACAAAUGGAAGUGGACACGGGAAGUCCAUGGACUAUAGUACCAGUGGAAGCCUUCAAAGAACUCUGUCCGAAACCCAGACUGGAUGCCUGUAGCCUUAAACUAAAAUCCUACACAGGAGAGAAGGUGGACAUUAUCGGGGAAGCAGCGGUACAGCCAGCAGACGCCGGGUUCAAGUCUAAGACCACCAAUUUGCGAGAGGCUUUGGGCUCAGUACUAAACAAGCACGCCAAGCUGUUUGAUAACAGCACCCAUGGAGUACUGAAGGGGUACCAAGCCAAAGUGUACCCACAAGACGGAAACAGUGGGGCCAAAUUUUACAAAGCAGCGCCGGUGUCAUAUGCAGCUAGGAAGCAAAUAGAUGCCACAUUAGAUGACUUGCUGCAGGAGGGCAUUAUCAAGCCAGUGAAGACAGCGGAUUUUGCAUGCCCAAUCAUAGCUGUUAAGAAACUGAAUGGGGCCAUGAGAGUCUGUGGAAAUUAUAAGCUCACAGCAAACAAGGUGCUGAAAGUGGAACAGUAUCCACUUCCAACAUUGGAGGAUCUCCUGCAGGAACUAGAAGGAGGAGAGAAGUUCUCUAAACUAGACCUCUCCCAUGCCUAUCAUCAGAUAGAGUUAGACCCAGACGCUCUGAGGUACACAACCAUUAAUACACACAAAGGGCUCUUUGAGUAUACUAGAUUACCUUUUGGGAUAUCUAGCGCACCAGCCAUGUUCCAAAGAACAAUGGAGAGCCUGCUAACGGACAUUCCUAUGUGCAAGCCCUAUCUGGAUGAUAUCAUCAUCAGCGGAAGGACUGACGAAGAGCACCUCAAGAACCUGGAAGCGGUCCUAUCAAGACUAGAAACCAGUGGGUUGCGCCUGAAGGGGGAGAAGUGUGCACUGAUGCAGGAGUCCGUCGACUAUCUCGGACAUCGACUGAGUCGGAAGGGCCUUCGUCCGCUUCAAGACAAAGUCGAGGCGGUGCGGGAAGCCAAGCGACCGGUGAACCAAAGCCAACUGCAGGCAUACCUGGGAUUACUGGGAUAUUAUACCGGUCAGCGGAGUCGAAGGGUGGGAAGAAACGCGGAGCCCGAUCCCCGGUUCAAAUGGGGAAAGGAACAAGAGCAGGCAUUCCAGAGAUCGAAGCGUCUCCUGCAGAGUGACAGUGUGCUGACACAUUACGAUCCAGCCAAAACAAUCCUGCUCCAAACGGAUGCAAGCCCCUGUGGCUUGGGUGCUGUGAUAAGCCAUGUGGAUGCAGAGGGACAGGAACGUCCAAUAGCGUUUGCCUCACGCACUCUCAAGCCCAGCGAAGUGAAUUACGCACAAUAUGAGAAGGAGGGUUUAUCUAUCAUCUUCGGACUAAAAAAGUUCCACAAGCAGCUACAUGGGAGGUUUUUCACCAUUGUAACUUAUUAUAAGCCUCUGAUGGGACUAUUUGGAGACCACAAGCCUGCAAGCCCAAUGGCAUCGGCCCGAGUAGCAAGAUGGCAUAUGAUCCUGUCUGCCUAUGAUUGCCAUCGGGAAGGCAGGAAACACCAGUAUGCCGACGCGUUGUCGCGCGUGCCAAUCCACAAAGAGGACUCUUCUUGGAACCACCCUGAGCUCGCGGAGCUCGAUGAAGCACCAGAGGCACGCAUCAACUUGCUCACCGAUCUGGACACGCGUCCUGUUGAGGCACGGGAAGGGUGUCUACCAGAGGAAGUGAGGCCCUUUGCCUGCAGGAGAGAGGAGCUGUCGGUGGAAGAUGACGUUAUCCUGUGGGGAUCACGAGUGAUAAUACCGGAUAACGUGGAGAUGCGGACUAGGAUCCUGGAAGAGCUGCACAGUACGCACCCGGGCAUCGUGAACAUGAAGGCCUUGGCCAGGUCAUAUGUCUGGUGGCCAGGGAUCAACAAAGAGUUGGAACAACAAGUAAGAAGUUGUCCCGGCUGUCAGCAGAGUCAACAUAAUCCAGUGGCAGCCCAAAUCCACCCGUGGGAGUUCCCGGAGAAACCCUGGAGUAGGAUUCACUGUGACUAUGCAAGCCUGGACGAGGGGAAUUUGCUGAUUGUGGUCGAUGCUCACAGCAAAUGGAUUGAAGCCAUUCGGGUGAGACAUGCAACAUCAGCAGCCACAGUAAGGGCCCUGAGACGGUUGUUUGCAACUCAUGGGUUACCGGAAACAGUGGUCACAGACAAUGGUAUGCAGUUUGUGUCGGAGGAGUUUGCCCGGUUCCUCAGCAGUAACAACAUCUGCCAUAUCCAAACAUCACCUAAACACCCGUCCAGCAACGGACUAGCCGAAAGAAGUGUACAGACGGUAAUAAAGCUCCAGAGGUUCUUAUUGAUGUACAGAGUCACACCUCAAGAAACGACGGGAAAGUCACCUAGUGAACUGAUGUUCAGACGGAAAAUACGCACUAAACUAGACAGUCUGCGACCCGAUCUCAACAAAUCUGUUCGAAGGAAGCAAGCUUCAAUGAAACAGACAGCAGAUCGAGGAAGCAAGGGACGAGUCUUUGAAGUGAAUGACCAUGUCAUGGUCAAGAACUUUACUUCCGGCCCUACUUGGCUUUAUGGAAUGAUAGAAGAAGUCAUCGGUGAGGUAAUGUACAAUGUAAAGUUGAAUGACGGCAGAGUCGUGCAUCGUCAUGUCGAUCAAAUAAGAGCAUACUGGCCAACCAGUAAGGAGCACGUGAACAUCCAGCCAAGAGAAGAGGGUCAACCAAUCGAAAAGCCGCUGAUAGUUUUGACUGCUCCCACAGCUAGGGUAGAUCCUGAAGGAAAGUCAGAGAGCGGGGAACCUCUAGCCCUUAGUGAUAGUACAUCAUCACAGCCAGAGCCGGAGGUCUCGGAUAACCGACAAAGUCCGACACAGCCAGAGAGACGCAGGUCGGAGAGGAUAAAAAGACCACCCAACAGAUUUGGGGAUUGCGUCCUGUAUAAAUGA